GAAAUCGUUCUAGCGACAGACGUGAAGUACAGGUGGGUAGCUAGAUUGCUAACAAGCUAAUGCUAAUUCUGUAGAUGUCUUACCUAACAUAGGCAGAAUCAUGAGUCUCAGAAAGCAGACCCCCAGUGACUUUCUGAAGCAGAUCAUUGGCAGACCAGUGGUGGUCAAGCUCAACUCUGGAGUGGAUUACAGAGGUGUCCUAGCCUGUCUGGAUGGCUAUAUGAACAUUGCAGUGGAGCAGACAGAGGAGUAUGUCAAUGGCCAGCUGAAGAACAAGUAUGGCGAUGCCUUCCUGAGAGGAAACAAUGUGUUAUACAUCAGCACCCAGAAGAGGAAGAUGUGAUGCAGAGGAUUUGUCCGUUUUUGUUUGUUUUUGAAAUCCCUGACGUUGUUCCAGUUGAUUGUUUUAUGACAUUGUUUUGUUUUGUUUUUUGUUUAAUGUCUCUCAGCUGAAGUGUGUUUUUAGU